GGCUCGACAUGGGGACUAUGAGGAUCUCGUGAGGACGCCAAUGAUAAAUAGUAUUCCAGAAUCCUCAGCCACAUAAGAAGACCACGGAACACCCUCCUCAGAGACCCCUUGUUUGAUAACGAGGGGCGAUUAAAUAUCCACAUAGUAAGGCGCAUCAGCAUCCAUCAUGAAUCCCAUGUCACAUCUAUACUACAAAAAGAGCAGCUACUCUCCGUACCGGGACAGAAUCCCUCUACAGAUCGUCCGGGCGGAGGUAGAGCUAUCUCCAGAGGAGCGCUCGUUCCUUUCAGCCGUAGAAAAGGGUGACUAUGCAGGGGUCCAGCAUGCACUACGUGAGGCGGAGGUCUAUUACAACAUUGACGUCAACUGCGUGGAUCCGCUGGGCCGCAGUGCGCUACUAAUCGCUAUUGAGAAUGAGAACCUUGAGGUGAUGGAGCUGCUUCUGGAUCAUGGGGUGAACACUGGAGAUGCUCUGCUCUACGCCAUUCGCAAAGAAGUGGUGGGAGCCGUAGAGUUACUGCUGUCCCACAGGAAACCCAGUGGAGAGAAACAGGUUCCAUCAUUAAUGAUGGACGCCCAGUUUUCAGAGUUCACACCUGACAUCACUCCCAUAAUGCUCGCCGCCCACACAAACAACUAUGAGAUCAUCAAACUCCUGGUCCAACGCAAGGUCACCAUUCCUCGGCCGCACCAGAUACGCUGUGAUUGUGUGGAGUGUGUGUCCAGCUCUGAGGUGGACAGCUUGCGUCACUCCCGGUCCCGUCUCAACAUCUAUAAAGCACUCGCCAGCCCCUCUCUCAUUGCCCUCUCCAGUGAGGAUCCCAUCUUAACCGCCUUCAGACUGGGCUGGGAACUGAAGGAGCUCAGUAAAGUGGAGAACGAGUUUCGACAAGAGUAUGAGGAGCUUUCUCAGCAGUGUAAGCUCUUUGCAAAAGACCUGCUGGACCAGGCACGUAGCUCCCGUGAGCUGGAGACCAUCCUCAAUCACCGUGAUGACCAGAGCGAGGAGCUGGACCCGCGAGAGUGCCGAGACUUGGCCAAACUCAAGCUGGCCAUUAAAUAUCACCAGAAAGAGUUUGUGGCGCAGCCAAACUGUCAGCAGCUCUUGGCCACACAAUGGUAUGACGGCUUUCCUGGCUGGCGGCGCCGUCACUGGGCAGUUAAGCUGGUCAUGUGCUUCAUUAUCGGCCUGCUCUUCCCUGUCUUCUCGCUGGUCUACCUGCUGGCUCCAAAAAGCACACUGGGGCUCUUCAUCAAAAAACCCUUCAUCAAAUUUAUUUGCCACACAGCCUCCUACCUCACCUUCCUCUUCCUUCUCCUUCUGGCUUCACAGCAUUAUAACAGUUCUCGUCCACGAGAGGAAUGGGAGAUGUGGCAUCCGACACUGAUCGCUGAGGCUUUAUUUGCCAUUGCUAACAUCUUCAGCUCACUUCGGCUCAUCUCCCUCUUCACGGCCAACUCUCACCUUGGCCCGCUGCAGAUUUCUCUUGGCCGCAUGCUGCUGGAUAUCCUCAAGUUCCUCUUCAUCUACUGUCUAGUGCUGCUGGCCUUCGCUAAUGGACUCAACCAGCUUUACUUUUACUACGAGACCGAGGCAGCAGAUGAACCCAGCCACUGCAAGGGGAUCCGCUGUGAGAAACAGAACAAUGCAUUCUCUACGUUAUUUGAAACACUUCAGUCUCUGUUCUGGUCGAUAUUUGGCCUCCUGAAUCUGUAUGUAACAAAUGUGAAAGCUCGGCACGAGUUCACUGAGUUUGUUGGAGCCACCAUGUUUGGCACCUACAAUGUCAUCUCACUGGUGGUUCUCCUUAACAUGCUCAUCGCUAUGAUGAACAACUCCUACCAGCUCAUUGCUGACCAUGCUGACAUUGAGUGGAAGUUUGCUCGAACCAAGCUGUGGAUGAGUUAUUUCGAUGAGGGCGGGACACUCCCCCCACCAUUCAACGCCAUCCCCAGUCCUAAGUCAUUCUGGUACCUGUGUCAAUGGGUACACGGACGGCUCUGCGGGUCGGAGGCUGCUCCGCCUAAAGAAGACCCCCAUAAACAUGAGAAUCUGAAGGAGUUUACGGAAAAGCAUGCUGACAGGCUGAUACAGAAUCAGCAUUAUCAGGAGGUCAUCCGUAGUCUAGUGAAGAGAUAUGUGGCGUCCAUGAUCCGCAGCGCCAAGACAAGCGAAGGGCUGACAGAGGAGAAUUUUAAGGAGCUGAAACAGGACAUUUCCAGUUUCCGCUAUGAAGUUUUGGACCUUCUAGGCAACCGAAAGCCACCCCGACGGAACUAUUCCUCCAGCAGUGAGGCGACGCUUCGAGACGAGCUCAGCGACGAUGGCGAGGCCUGUCACCACAGCGAUGGGAGCAGCAUCGGGGCCAAAGGUGUGUCUUUCAAAACCAUUACACCUUCGGAUCCAUCGUACGGAGUCUCUGCCCUCUUUCACUCCAUCUCCGGAAUGGAGGUGGCCACAUCGACGACAGCGGCAUCGUCUGCAUACAGGGAGGGUAAACCAAAGAUCAACGGACUGAGGAAGAACCCCUCACCCUCCUCUUCCCUGUCCUCAGUGGCUGCAGCUAGACCUGCACUUUCACGAACUUGGAGGCGCUUUUCACGCUUCUCUAGUUCCAAGAAGAACUCCUUCAGACGGCUCGGGCUGCUGUUCUCACGCAUGGGCAGCCACCUUCCACAGCCUGCAGGUGUUACUGCUGCAUCCUACACUAUCUCAGAUGGAUUGCUUCAACCGCCGGGGGCUUGGCAUGACUUGGGCUUCACUAGGGGUGAUGGUCCCGUCACCCGCAGCGAGACCAACCUUAAUCAGGUGGAUGUGGCUGUUUUAAAUGAGGGCGACAAUGCCAUGACAACAAAUGGACAGAGAGCUAAUGGGAGGGAUGUUUUACUGACAUUAGGACCUCUGUCCCCACCCUCUUCCCUGCAUUGUGCUUCCAGUUUCUCCGCCUCCAGCUCCCGCCUCCUGGACUCAAAUGAGGACGUGUUCCAGGGAUUGGUCGGGCCCUGUGGCGGACAAACGCCAGACUCCUCCCACUGGGUAACGGAGCAGGACGAUUCGGUGACCACGCAGCUAUAGUAUUGCGAGUAUGUACUGUACAGCACUUUGAUAAUAACAAUAAUCAGUGAUGAUAUCAAUAACUAUUACCUUAACCACAACCGAUUCUUCUGUUUGUUCUUUUGUUUGCUGCUGCAAUAUUUGUUUCAAUAUUUCUUUCUGGGAUUUAACCAAAUCGAAGGUCAUUUAGAAGACAGAUGAGAUGAGUAAAUGAAAUGAUGGACGACAAGAGAUGCAGAAGGGACAGAAAAGUGCCAUAGUCAGCAGAGCAGACAAACGCAAACCAGGUUGCAUUUUUGUGUCUUCAUUAC